AGUGCUGGAAAAUAGUGUUUGCUUUGUUUUAGAAGCAGCUAACACGUGAAGUUGUAGAUAGUUUUGUUUUCCAGCCGGAAGUGUAUCGAUACGGUUGUACUUAGUUACUUUUCACACAGUUGCGUGCAACAAAAGUCACGGCGCGAAUGGUGUGUAUCAAAGAUACCUGCACGGUCACAGCCCGGUCAGUUGCCCGGUCUACCAAGUAUUUGAUGUGAAACUCGUUGUAAACGAACCAACGUUGGCCUGCCAUCAUAUACGCACGCGCUUUGCGAAUUCAUUCCGCAUUUGAACGUUUGAACGUCGAACGCGACCAUCCGCGCUUCAACUUGCCAGUAUGAAGAUGACAGAAAUAUAGUGACAUCUAAAAACUAUUGUGAAUUAAAUAAGGACUGAACUUUUUAAAGGAUCUUAUAAGAACUAUUUAAAAAUGGCAGUAGUGGCAAUCAAGUAUUUUAAUGUGAUCCCAGUAAGGUUCAACCUUUGGGUGAUGCUGUUCACAAGCUGCUGGGUGAUAUACAUGCUUCGAGUCAAUAUGAGCCUUAACAUUAUCGCCAUGGUGCCGCAGACGAGUCAUGGAAAUUCCUCGAUGCGAUCGCAAUGCGGCCUGAAAGACAAUGUGACCAACGAGACACUUAGACACGAGGACAUUACCGAUGUCAGGCAAGCGCCGCGACAGGUACCUGGUGGAGCAUCCUUUGACUGGUCCACAGAUCAACAAGCAUUAAUUCUUGGGUCAUAUUUUUGGUCAUAUCCUGUGACGUCAUUGAUUGGUGGAAUGGCAUCAGAACGAUAUGGACCUCGAUAUGUGGUUCUUAUAGCCACUGCAGCCAGUGCCGUUCUGACUGGACUCAGUCCUGUAGCAGCUAGAAUCAAUCAUGUAGCCCUGGUGGUUAUACGGUUUGGCCUUGGACUUGCAGGGGGCUUCGUGUAUCCAGCUCUACAUGUUCUAGUGGCAAGAUGGGCUCCGCCAGCGGAAAAAGGAAAAUUUGUGAGUGCCAUGAUGGGCGGAACCUUAGGCACCGUUGUAACUUGGUCUUUAGCUGGACCUCUGAUAGAAAAGUUCGGUUGGGCCUCUGCAUUCUACGUUCCAGCUGCUAUGUCACUAAUUUGGUGCUUCUUUUGGUGGUAUCUUGUAGCAGACACUCCUGUAGAACAUCCUAGAAUCUCUGAAAAAGAAAAGAAAUAUAUAUUAGACGCACUCGGUGACAAGGUCAAGAAAUCUAAGGGCUUACCACCUUUCAGGAGCAUAUUCACAUCGGUACCCUUCUUUGCUAUGGUGUGCAUCCACUACGGAAAUUUAUGGGGGCUGUACUUUAUUAUGACAGUUGGGCCAAAAUUCGUAUCAAGUGUACUUGGUUUUGAAUUAUCUGCUGCUGGUGUAAUUUCAGCAUUGCCAUACUUAGCUAGAAUGUUCUUCGCGACUAUUUUCGGUGUCAUUGGAGAUUGCAUAUUGGCAAAAAAAGUAAUGACUACCACAACCAUUAGAAAAUUCUUCUGUCUCUUUUCGCAUAUAAUACCUGGAAUUCUGUUGGUUUUAUUGGUAUAUGCUGGAUGUUCAACGGCAUUAUCAGUAACUCUGAUUACAUUGUCUAUGGGUUUCAACGGAGCGGCAACCUUAACUAAUUUGCAAAACCAUCAAGAUUUAGCGCCCAACUAUGCCGGAACUUUAUAUGGAAUUGCCAACUUUUUAGGCAGUACUGCUGGAUUUUUCACUCCUAUGAUCACUGCAUACUUUACUAGAGAUGGGAAUAGUUUCGAGCAGUGGCGCCCUGUCUUCUUCGUUGGUGCUUCAGUGUAUAUUGUUACUGCUAUAUUCUUCGUGCUAUUUGGAACCGGCGAAAUACAACCUUGGAAUUUUAGCAAUAAUGAUUCAAAGGCAGCAAAAGAUGACAAAGAAAAAAACGGAGACAUGAAAGUAAUUAAAAGUAGUUCGGUGAAAAAUGUAGAUGCCAAAGAUAUAAAGGAAACUUCAUUGACUGUUGGCAAAUAAGUAAGUAAGUACUUGAAAAACUAUGGUAAAAAUAAAUCGUGAAGAAUUGGUACUAGGUGCUUAUGCAUAUCAGAAAUGAAUAGAAAUAUUAUGCAAUGUUAUAUAUAUGUAAACAUGCAUUAAUUGUUUAAAAAAAAGCUGAGAUAACAUCUAAAAAGUAUUUACUGUUAAUUAACUUGUUCAGAAAUAUUUUUUAUUGAUUCAAAAUGUUCUAUUUUUACUCAAAUUACUCAAAAUAACUAGUUAUCUAAAGGAAUAUUUAUUGUCUGAGUAAACAUGAAAACAGUAAACAUGUGGAUCAUGCAUUUAUUUAUAUUUAGUAUUUAGAUAUUUUAGUGUUACUGUUGAUUGAGAGUAUUAUUGUAGCAAUUAAUUAAUCUACUUAACAAUUUUUACUAAAGGACAUUUAAUUUAUAUGAAAAACAUCGUGACAUUAUAGAUUUUUUGCUGUGAUCUUUAGUACCAAAUUAUAUGAUUAUGUAUAACAAAUAUUUAACUAGAUAUUAAUGUAGAAAUAUUAUAGGUAGUUGGUAGAAGUGCUUAAAUUUAUAAUAUACAGACAUUAAUAUAAUAUACACACAGAUAUUUGUGACAAUUUAAAAGUUAAUGUACUUAUCUGUUACGAAUAUAAUUAUGUUAACAGUAUAAGCAGCUAUAAGCAGUACCUAGAUCUGGUCUGAAAUACAAAUAUUAUAACUAAAGUUCCUAAAAAUAAUAUAAACAUCACUUUCGAAUCGAAUAUGUAAUUCUAAUUAAUAUUUACGUGAAAAAAAACUUGAAUGCUUAGGCUGCUAUCUGCUAGACUUGUCUGCUGUGCAGGUGUUAUUAGGUAUUAAUUUGUUAAUACAUUUGAUUAAAGGAUUUCUUGUAAGUGACAAAAUUGUAGUUUCGGCGAACGAUGGAGCCAUAACGCAAGAAAAGAAGAAGUGAUCUGUACCCGUUCAUAAAUUAUAUAAGAGCGAUAAAAAUCACGAUAUCGGUGAUUAGAUGUGGCACUAUGAGCUCCAUUGGUAAACCACAAAUGAUAAUUUAAAAUUAUGACAAAUUGGGAUUAAUGACUUCUACUUAUAAGGUACUUUUCAAGAAAUGUGUCAUACCUAUAACAUUAUCUGCGGCAUGUAUGUUAUCGUGUGAUGUAAGAUUAUUAUGAAGUUAAGGAACUUAAUAUAAAUUAUGAAACUAUUAAUUGACAUUUGAUGUAUUGUCCAAUUUAUUCGAUCCUUAUUAUAAUUUGAAGAGUGAUAUUAAAGAUGAAAUAUAAAUGAAAUUAAAA